AAAAAUUCAAAAGAAAAAAAAUAUUUAAUAAAUAAUUACUAAAAAAAAGUUUAUAUAGCAAAGUUUGAAAUAACUAAAAAAUUCAUACAAACAAAAAUGAGUAAUAGAGUUCAAGGAGGAUUUGAUAACAACUCAGGCAAUAAUUAAUCAGCCUAAAAGCAACAAGCAGAAAAAAUACCUUAAAUUACAGUACCCUUAAAUUGUUUUAUGAUCAACUAGAUAGUUAAAGCUGCAAAGGAAAACCCAUAAGCCCAUUCUGGUAAUCACUAUGAAUGGUACGGCGCAUUUGAAAAUGCUAUUAUUACUGCUAAAUUUGAAUUUCUCUAAAGUAUCAAUGAUUCUCCUAAAAUAAUGGGUAAGCUAUCUGAUAGCACAGGAUGCAUAGAAGUAGUUAUCCAAAAGUCUAAAAUGUCAGACGAGUUACCUGAAUUUGUUUAAGCUUACGAAAUUGAAUUAUAAAAUAAUGGAAACAGACAUAAAUAUGUUAGAGCUAUGCUUAAAAUGAGAAAAAAUGCCUAGAUAUAAUUGCUUUAUUUUUCUAUUGUUAAUGAUGCUAACGAAAUUAGUAGACAUGGUUUAGAUUUAUGUUUGAGAUAUCUUUAAAGAAAACAUGGUAUUGAAGACUUCAUGCAUAUGACAAAUGAUAAAGCUCAUAAUAAUCACAAUGCUUCUGCUCAAAAAGUCCAUUAUUAAAUUGAUCGCAAUUAGUAGCCUAAAGAAUAAGUAUUAGAAUUGAUGAGGUAAAUCUUGAAACACAAUCCUAAUGAUUAAAUCCCUAAGAGUAAGAUAAUUGAAUUUUUCUAAAGCUAACUCAAUCAAGUUCAAAUCAACCAAAUUCUUUAACAACUGGUCUCAGCAAAUGAAAUUUUCAGUGUUGGUAGUGAUAAUUAUUUAUUAAAUGUUUGA